CCGGAGUGGUUCAUUCCGUGGUAUGAACUGAUCGUUGACGAAUCAAAUUGUCUGGGCGAGGGUGGGUUUGGCAGCGUGAACCAAGCCAAAUGGCUCGACUCGGACGUGGUGGUGAAACGAGUGACCUUGCUCAACGACGCCAGACGUGCGGAAGCAUUGGCGGUGUUUCGCCGCGAAGUCGACAUUUGGUUUGGCUUCAAUCACCCUCACGUCGUUCGGCUCUUUGGUGCCUGCCACGUGGGCAAACCCUUCUUCGUCUGCGAAUACGCUCCCAACGGGACGUUGGUCAGCUACCUGCGAAAGAAUCCUGACGAGAUAUGGGCGAAGCUGCACGAGGCUGCACUAGGCGUUCAGUAUCUCCACGCUCGAGACGUCGUGCACGGAGACCUGAAAGGGAACAACAUCGUGAUCGGGAGUGACAUGAAGGCGAAGGUGACGGACUUUGGGUUGAGCUCGACGUUGGUGUCAGGCGCAUGGAACUGGGUGGCCCCGGAGCUACUCGAUACCAGCGAACGCCCCACACUCGCAUCGGAUAUGUACGCUUUGGGCAUGUGCAUCGUGGAGGCACUGCGAGUCGUGGAGGCGGUGAAGUUAGGUAAAACAGACGCCCAUUGCCUGCCUUGGCACGUUCCUGACAAAGGCGCACUGGUAUACCAGGCCACACGGGGCAAAUUGCCGUCCCAACCAGUGACGUGCGAGGACAUUAAAUGGGAACUGGUGAAGCGAAUGUGCGCGUUGGACCCUGAGAAGCGGAUCAAGAUCUCGACGGUGGUGGACGAAUUGGCGAGACUGGCAAAUGUCAGCACCACCACUGAAUCAAGCGUUCUCGGUGAGACCUCACAACCGAAUCUGUGCCCUGGGAUUCCGUCACGGAAGUAA